GUCCAAAUGAAUGGGGAAGUAAUUUUUAUUUCAUAGAAGCAGAGGCUAAUGAUGGUUUUGAAAGGGCAAAAAACUUACUAACUGAGCUUGAUGCAUUAGUUAACAACCGCACGAUUAUUGAAUUUAAGGAACCAGACUACUUCUCAUCACCAGCAAACAUUGACAAAACACGAAAAAAAGUUGAAGAAGAAUAUAUUUCUAAACAGGAAGAAGCAGAACGCAUCAAUGCUAUUUUGUAUGAUGGUUACAAGUUGGGGUUCUACGAAAAUAAGCAAUUUAUUG